UUGAUGACGUCUUAAGGUCAAAGGGUACAGCUAUGGACGUCUUCCAAAUGUAAACAGUCCGAUCUGUUGGAGGACAGCUCUGAGACAUGAGGCUUUUAUCGAAGGCAGUGCAGUCUGCUGUGAGUCAGAGAGAUUGGAGCCGCAGACACUUCUGGGGUUGGCUCAAUGCAGUCUUCAACAAGGUGGACUAUGAGAGGAUCAAAGCCGUCGGUCCGGACCGAGCUGCAGCAGAGUGGCUGUUGAGAUGCGGCGCCAGAGUGAGGUUUCAAGGUUUCGAACGCUGGCAUCAUGACUACAACGGACUGCCAACUGGGCCUCUGGGCAGAUACAAGAUCCAGGCGAUAGACGCUACUGAAUCCUGCAUCAUGCACAGAGGGUUCGACCAUCUGGAUGGUUUGAAAUAUGUGGAGGAGAUCAGGUUCAAUAAGUGCAUCUACAUCGAGGACACUUGCAUGGAGAGGUUGAGCUCAAUGGAGAAUCUGCAGGAGACUUUGUACAUGAUGGAAGUGGUUUCAUGUGGAAAUGUCACAGAUAAGGGCAUCAUCACUCUGCAUAAACUCAAGAAUCUGGAGUAUCUGUUUCUCAGUGAUCUGCCUGGGAUCAAAGACAAACAGACAACAGCUGACAGAUUACAGACAGCACUUCCACGUAUGGAUUUAGUGCUGGACCUGGAGUGAGGAAACACCCUCCUGCUUUAGAGUGUGUUUGUAAAGUAUGAACACCUUUGGAAAAAGACACAAUCCGGAAGAGGCAUACAGCGCUUUGAUCAUCCAACAUGCAGAUGUAACAUCGAGUGUGUUUGCAUGCAAAUGUAACGAUGCAAGCCUUUUUUUUUUUUAAACGAGAAUGUGCAGCAAAGGUUCUUCUUUAUGCAAAAUAUUCGAGUUGAUGUGUCUAAGAAACAGUCCAGAAAAGAGAAAAGUUGAAGCACUUUAUAUUGUUGACAAUAGUUUUUCCGUUGCUAGAAUGAACUAUUCUAUUUAUUAUAUUCUCAACAUUCAGGUUACUCCAUAUGUGUGUACACAGAGAAAAACAAACUUCUUCAUCUUUUCUCUUUAGAUUAAUUUGGCAUUUGUAAGAUAUCUGAGGACAGACAGAUGGCUGUGAACAUCCUUAGCACCAAAGUUCCAGAGAUAACGAGUACAGUGUGGUAUUGCUAACUGCUAGUUAAGGUUAGUUAAAGGAAUAUUAAAUGUAUUCAAACCUGACGUCAAUAAAUAUUAUUUUCAGAAA